AUGGUCUGGGCGCGCCGCGCGCUCGCCUUCUGCCUCGCCGCGCGGUCGCGGGCCCUGACGGCGCUCCCGCCGCUCCCGGCGCUCGACGCGGCGGUCCUCCAGGACUCGCACGGCGUCAGCGCGGAGCAGAACUGGCUCGUGCCCGGCCGGGUCAUGCUGGGGCGCUACCCCGGCAGCGGCCGGGGCCAGCGGGUCGACGCCGUCGUCGGCGCCCUGCGGACCGCGGGGGUCACGACCUUCGUGUGCCUGCAAUCCGAGCUGCCGCCGCAGGACUCCGGCGAAACGAACCCGCCGGGCUUCGAGAGCUACCACGCGGCGGCCGUGAACUUCGACGGGCCGGCGCCGUCCUUCGUCCACUUCGGCAUCCCCGACCGGGAGCCCGCGGGCGACCUCGCGAGUUUGCGGAGUCUCGUCGCGGACCUCGCGGCGCGCGUGCUGGAAAAUGGCGAGUGCCUCUUCAUCCACUGCUGGGGCGGCAAGGGCCGCACGGGCCUCGUCGCCGCCUGCCUCCUGGGCCUUCUCUACGAGUCCCUCGGCGCCGAGGAGGCGCUCGACCGCGUCCAGGCCUACGCGGAGACGCGGACGAAAACCAUCGCGAGCCCGGAGACGGACCCGCAGCGGGACCAGCCGUCGAGCGCGCUGGCCCUGCCGCUCGUCCUCGCGGUGCCCGUCUUCGCCGCCUACGUGCUGAGCGCCGCGCCGCCGGCGACGGUCCGCCGCGGCGUCACAUUCGUGAACCCCUACCCGACGCGGCGCGAGCUCCUGCGCGUCGUCGGCGGCAACGCCACGCUCGUCGCGACGCUGAACGCGUCCGGCGGCGAGCACGUCGUCGAGCUUCGCGACGGCGACGUCUACGGCUGGCGCGAGCGGUCGAGGAAGCGGCCGCGGCCGCUCGAGGACUCGGUGGCGCUCCGCGGCGGCGACGCGCGCGACGUCUACGUCCUCGGCGACGCCACUGGCGGCGACGCGACGUUCACGAACGGGAGCCCGCUGACCGUCACGGCGACGCACCGGUCCGGGAACGCGAGCAACGCGUCGCGCCUCCUACCGAACUCGACGGCCGUCUUCCGCGUGCGGUCCGGCGACUUCGUGGACUGGGCCACGGACGAGCUGCGCCACCGGACCGUCGUGGACUACGCGGGCCACGGCGGCCACGUCUUCGAGGGCGCGGGCGCGCUCUUCGACCUCUGCGCGUCCGCGACGCCGGCGUCGCGGCCCCUCCGGCGGACGUCGUACCUCGAGGACGGCGCGAAGCGGCGCGUCGACGUGCUGAGCGAGGCGCCCUACGUCGCCUUCCUGCCGGACUGGACGACGGCCGACGACUGCGACGCGCUGCGCGAGGCCGCGGAGGAGGCCGAGCUCCACGACGCCGUCGUCUCCGGGCGGCGGGCGUCGCUCCUGUCCGUGCGGCGGUCGCGGAACGCGAUGCUCGAGUGGGACGCGGCGGACCCGGGCUUCGUCGUGAACCGCCUCGCGGCGCGGGCCCACGCGUUCGCGCGGCGGGCCGCGCGCCUCGACGUCGACGCGGGGCCCCACGCGGAGCCGCUCAACUUCAUCCGCUACGCCGAGGCCGGCGAGUACCGCGCGCACUGCGACGGCGUCUGCCGGCGCUACCCCUACAAGCGCGGCGGCCGCGUCGCGACGAUGAUCCACUACUGCACCGCGCCGGGCGGCGGCGGCGCGACGGUCUUCCCCAACGCGGGGCUCAAGGUCGCGCCGAAGGCGCGCGGCGCGCUCUUCUUCGCCUACAAGGACCCGGACACGGGCCUCAUGGACCACGGCUCGACGGAGCACGGCGGCUGCCUCGUGACGAACGGCACCAAGGAGAUCACGACCGUCUGGAUGCGCGAGGACCUCAGCGCGAAGCACCCGUGGCGCGGCUACUACGACGCGGGGAUCACGUAGGGAAGGAGGGGCAGGUGGGUGCCUGAGCGUCAACUUGAGUUC